AGGCGACAGUUUUUCUAAAACACUGUUUAUGUUUCUGAAUGGGCAGGACAAAAAGCUAUUCUUCCGGCGCAAAGAUAAUUUUGCCUUGUGCUUUCAGGGAACAGAACACUCGAGAUUUCUUACUCUUGGAAAAUGUAGUUUUUGUGAACCAGUUUCACUUCGUAUAACCCAUAAAAGCUGUCUUUCAGAAACUACAAUCCCGUCAUGUACCUGUGUUACAGACGAUGCAUGCGCACAUCGUGCCUUUUCAGUAGGACCUUACGUGGAGCGUGUGGUGAAAACAUGGCUGUGAAUACGGACCAAGGGGAGUUACAGACGCAGCAUCAAAGCCAAGGAGAUGAAGACCGAUCCAUCUUUAGGGCAGACAGUGGCAGUGGGGAGGACUCGUUAGACAACCUUAUUCGCAGGUGUCCCCUCACUCCCUCUUUGUCUCCACGGAAACGAACCACCAGCCAGAGCAAAACAGAGCCUCCUUUGCUAAGGACCAGCAAAAGGACAAUCUACACUGCAGGGCGGCCUCCUUGGUACAAUGUCACUGGAACCACCUUCAAGGAAGCCUUUGUAAUUGGACUGUGUGGUGGCAGUGCUUCUGGGAAGACCACAGUAGCAAAUAAGAUUAUAGAAGCCCUGGAUGUGCCCUGGGUUGUGCUUCUUUCCAUGGAUUCUUUUUACAAGGUGCUAAGUAAAGAGGAACAGGAGCUGGCAGCUAAGAACGAAUACAACUUUGACCAUCCGGAUGCCUUCGACUUUGAGCUGCUAGUAAAUGUGCUUAGAAAACUGAAGAAAGGAAAGAGCAUUAAAGUACCUGUGUAUGACUUCACCAUGCACAGUCGCCGCAAGGAGUGGAAAACAGUUUAUGGAGCAAAUGUAGUUAUAUUUGAAGGCAUUCUUGCAUUUGCCAACAAGGAACUAUUGAAGCUGCUGGAUAUGAAAGUGUUUGUGGACACGGAUUCUGAUAUCCGGCUUGUUCGCCGCUUGAAGAGAGACAUUUCUGAGCGAGGCCGAGACAUUGUAGGGGUCAUUAAGCAGUACAACAAGUUUGUGAAGCCAGCGUUCGAGCAAUACAUUGAGCCAACAGUGCAAGUAGCUGAUAUCGUGGUUCCAAGGGGGGGAGAGAAUUUUGUAGCCCUGGACCUCAUUGUGCAGCAUGUCCAUAGCCAGCUGGAGAAGAGGAAACUCCGCUGGGAUAUAGCGGCUCUGGCGUCUGCCCAUCAAGGCCAGCCCCUGCCGAAGACGCUGAGCGUCAUGGAGAGCACCCCACAGGUCAGGGGCAUGCACACCAUCAUCAGGAAUAAGGACACAAAUCGAGAUGAAUUUAUUUUCUACUCCAAGAGAUUAAUGAGGCUUCUUAUUGAGCAUGCUCUCUCCUUUUUGCCUCUCAAGCCAGUUUCCGUGGAGACUCCGCAAGGCACCAUCUAUGAAGGAAAAAGACUCAGUGGCCAAAGGAUAACGGGCGUCUCCAUCCUACGUGCUGGAGAGACGAUGGAACAAGCACUCAUGGCCGUGUGUAAAGAUAUCCGCCUGGGAAAGAUCCUGAUCCAAACCAACCAUGAUACUGGGGAACCAGAGCUACACUACCUUAGGUUGCCUAAAGAUAUAAGUGAAGAUUAUGUGAUUUUAAUGGAUAGCACUGUGUCAACUGGAGCAGCUGCUCUGAUGGCAGUGAGAGUAUUGCUGGAUCACGACGUGCAGGAGGACAAGAUCUUCCUGCUGUCUCUCCUGAUGGCAGAGAUGGGGGUUCAUUCUGUGGCAUAUGCUUUCCCCAAAGUGCGCAUUAUCACCACAGCUGUGGACAAAAAGGUCAAUGACGAAUUCCACAUAAUUCCCGGGAUAGGUAAUUUUGGAGAUCGGUACUUUGGCACAGAUGCUCCUUCGGACUGGUACGAGAGUGACGAGGGAAUGGACUAUUGAAAAAUUUGAACAUAGCCAGGAAUACUGCAUGAGCAGCACAUUCUUAAAAAGUGACUGAUGUUCAAGAGGUGGAAAAUUGUAAACCAGCUCUUGGCUUUACCUUAUUUUACGCCAUAUCGUUUUUACCAUGUUUACUAGAAUGGGGAUGUAAAACAUUUAUUUUAAGGUCACAACUGAAUUUUUUUCUAUAGUAUCCAAAGGACAGAACUUGAAGUUUCCUUAGCCACAGUACUGUACCUUCCAGACUCUCCCAAAUCAGUUGCAGGUUUAUGCUUUCAUUAAUGACUAAAGGGAACCAGGUAUGUUAUGAUUGGCUGAUCCCAUACCUUUUAAAGUGGAUUUUUUCCAUCAGUGAAAAAUCUUCAAUUACUUCCAUAUCUCAAAGCUUACUUCAAUAAUAGCCACACAAAUUAAAAGCCUGGAUUCUGUGCUUAGUUCCGCCACAAGUGUGGCUGCCAUUUUGGAGCUCCUCUCCAUAUUUACCAUGACAGUCAACCAAAAUGGUGGGGGAAAAUUAAAAGUACUGUAGAAAACAGAAAAUGCUUUUUUCAAUAAACACCAAUUCUGUGUGUGUUCAUUUUCAUUAAGAUAAGAAUCUGUGAUUUGCACUGUAAGGAUGGCAGAUGGUCCACAGAGACUACAAAUAACAGGAUUUUUGCAUUUUCUGAAAUAAGGUGUCUCCUGCAGCAAAGUACUGCUGUGCACAGACACAUAUUUACAGUACAUUGAAGAUUAGAGUUGCACAAGAGGAGGAAUAAAACAUGUAAGAUUGCACAGUAUAUGUAUAGAGAUAAAUCCAUAAAUCUAGACCUUUGAAAGAAUGGCCUGCACUCUGGGACCACAGUAAUUGUUUUUUUAUCCGCCUGUGCACUAUAUUCUGAUUAUUUGUAGUUCCAACCACAGAACUUCCUUGGGAGUCAGAAGGCAGGGUUGAUCAUUUUUAGUCACUGAUGUGUAAAAUUAACUGAAGCUCAGUUCUUGAAAGGCCUGCCAUUUGGGGAGGAAUAAAUGUUUCCUAGCUUGUAAAAUGAAACUUGAGGUUUAAACUGAUCUGUUCUUAUAUUAUUGUCGAACUGAAGACUUGUAAAUGUGUUGUCACAAAUUAUUUUGUAGGCACUGUCUGUUGUUUCUGGGGUAAAUACUUGAAUUGACCUUUUUUUUGUCUUUUGUAAAUUAUUGCUUUGUUCAUUAUUUUAUUUAAUGUCUUUAGGUUGUAUGUUUGUAGUUAAUAUUGUCUUUAAAAGACAUUAGCUGUUCUUAGAAUGUGUUUAAGAAAAAAUGUUCAAAGAACCUCACUAUCUAUAAGUAUAAGUAAUAUACUACAGGCUUUGAGCAGUUAUGGUUUUGGUGGCACAUACAGUAUGUUUCUCUGUACAACUUCCUUAGCAUUAACAAAGCUGUAAGCCUCACACUCAUUGAAAGGUUUGAAACACCAAUGCUUAACUGCACAGAAUUUAAGCAGUACUGUUCUUGGUUCUGUUUAUUGUUUUUCUCUAGCUAUUACUGCAUCUGAUUUGUAUGAUCAUCAUAGAAAACAUGAACACUUGAAAGACAAGAAAAACGAUUGCUCAACUGAGGAAACGCCAAUAAAUAGCUGUUUUCAAACAUUUUUUAAAAAGACUAGUGUAGUUGAAGUGUAGUAGUGGACAUUAGGUAGUAACCUGUCCCCAUCUUCAAAAUGAUCAAAUAACACUAUUUAACUGUAUUCUGUUUUACCAUUUGACACAUAGACACAUCUUAGGUUGUGUGGAAUUUUGGAUUGUGAAUUUAAAAAAGACCAAGCUUUAUAUUGACCAGAAAUGGAAUUUGUGUGAUUACUUAACCUGUAGCUUGGAUCUCUUGACCAAAGGGCCCAAAUAAGACUGUGAUUCUGAGCUACUGUACACUGUUUUUGAUUCAUUUAUUGGCACGUGAACUAGACUUUUGUGUCUGAGGAUGUGAGACCUCCAUAUGUGUCAGUUUUUCAUAGAACGUUUUCCUGAACAGUACUUCAUUAUUAUCCAACUGUAUUUCUGUUAACUAAAAUAACUUUUCCUAUUGCUUCUACCAAGUGUGGACUGUAUUUUUUUAAAAUAUAGCCACAUCUUUCAGUAUUUGUUUUAGAAAUAGUUCUUCUAGCGAAGGGUAGGUGUCAUAGGUGUCAUUUUCUUUGGCCAAAGACAGGUGAGUUGGUGUUGACAUUGAGGCUUUCAACAUGUUUGCAGAAGAACAGGGUGUGAUUGUGCUUAUUUCAACAACUCUAUCUUGAAAACUAUACACAUCGGUGUGAAAUGUGCUUACCAUGAGGACAGUGGGAAAGACAUUCUGUUCUCACUCUGUUCCACACUGGGCAGAUUCAGACAGCCGUGUACCAUGUUCUCCCAUGAAUGCAAACCAUUAUGGGGGCAGUGAUGGUUGCAUUGUGCUGAUGGUUACAUAUAGCCUCUUUGUGUUUAUCACUAUGGAAAUCAGUCUAGAUCUAAUAUAUUUCUGUUUCCUAAAUUGAAUUCAUCUACACUGAGCUCUUUUAUCUGGACAUUUUAUUCUUUAUGUAAUUUCCAAGAUUGAGAGUUAUGUCUUGUGAAACAGUCUUUAAAGGGAUUCUGUAUGAACUGCAUGAUCAAGUCCUCAUUGUGUGUGCUGUUGUGAGUUGUGUUUGACCAAAAGAAAAUGGGACAGAGAAAAAUCCUUGAACAUUGAAAUGUUAUCUUUGUCUUCAUGAGUCAUUCCAUGACAUUUUGUUAAAACAUACAUCUCUUUCCUCAUGUUUGAAGCCUUUAUUUAUCUGUAGUUUUAAUUUUUAUCUUGUUUUAUGUUAAAAUAAAUAUUACCAAUGUUA